GAUAAGGUCAAAGGCGGAUCUAAAAUCAUUUUAUAUUUCGUACUCAAUUUGGUCACAUCAUUAUAAUAAUAACCAAAAUGACGCUAAUAUUUUUGCUCUUUGCUACUCUCUUGACUAAUAUUAACUGUGAAAACAACACGAUUCUCGCGCCAUCAUUGUUCUUGAACCAUGGAGGUGGCCCAUAUCCCGUAUUAGGCGAAGAAUUUAAUAAAGAAAUACGCGAUUCUUUGAAGAAUGUGUCCUCUUUUGUUGAUUUGAAACGUUUAAACGCAGUGAUCGUGGUCACAGCACACAGAGAGGAAGAUGUAGUGACGAUAUCAUCAGGUGAUCAUCAUGAUAUGUUGUAUGAUUAUUACAAUUUCCCUCCAAUAAGUUACACGUUCAAGCAUAACGCGCCUGGCGACCCAGUUUUGGCGGGAAGAAUUCACGAGGCAUUCAAAAAGGUUGGAAUACCUUCUAAACUUGAUAGCGUUAGAGGUUGGGACCAUGGAGUUUUUAUACCUAUGAUGCUAGUCGAUCCAGAUGCAAAUAUACCGAUAGUGCAAGUAUCAAUAUUGAAGAAUCAAGACGCGGCGCAGCAUUUUGAAAUUGGAAAAGUGCUGUAUCAGUUUAGGAAAGAAGGUGUCGCAGUUUUUGGUUCGGGUAUGUCCUAUCACAACAUGGGUGAAUUCAAGAAAGCGGAAAGUGAUGAUAACAGACUGAUAGUUAAUGAUAAAUUUGAUGAAUUUCUGAAUGAAGUGUGCACUGGAGAUGCUGAUGAAAUGAAGGAUCGUUUGACUACGUGGAUGGAGGUACCGGGCGGUUUGGAAUCUCAUCCUCUCGGUGAAGCAGAUCAUUUGAUGCCACUAAUUGUGAACGCCGGCGCAGGCGGCGCUCAUCCAGGCACAAAUAUUUUUAAAUCUGUUUUCAUUUACAAAUUCAGACUCAGUGGAUUUAUUUGGGAUAAAGAAUGAGAAAUGUUUUAUGUGUAUAAUUUUUAGUUUU